AGGGGGUGGAGUUGCCCUUGGAGGCGGCGCCCGCUCAGGGCCCCGAGGCCCGCCGCGCCCUAUCGGGCCCGCGCCGAGUGGCCCCGCGGAGCCGGCGCGCUCCCGCCUGCAGGGGGAGGGCGGACGGGGCGCGGGGACCGGCCAGGCCGCGGCGGGCGCUGUUUCUCUUUCACUUUCCUUCCCGGGGAGGCCGGCGCGCUGGCGGGCGCGGAGCGGAGGCGGCGGCCGCGGGAUAUGGAAAAGCAGAACCACCAAAAGAAGUAAUGACCAGCGAUCUCAUUAUAAAUCUGGAUGUUUGUUCUUAUGCCUCUGCAUGUCCAUUUGGGAACGCCACGCCAGCUCCUUGGAUCAGACCUUUAUCCAUAUAAUAUCCUUCUUUGCCUGAACUACUGAAGCCAGUCCUAGCUCACCACGAAUGGCUACUCAAAGGAAACACUUGGUGAAAGAUUUCAAUCCUUAUAUCACCUGCUACAUCUGCAAAGGUUAUCUGAUCAAGCCAACUACGGUAACGGAAUGCCUUCAUACAUUCUGUAAGACUUGCAUUGUCCAGCACUUUGAAGAUAGUAAUGAUUGUCCAAGGUGUGGCAAUCAAGUUCAUGAGACAAACCCAUUAGAAAUGUUGAGACUGGAUAAUACAUUAGAGGAAAUUAUAUUUAAACUGGUUCCUGGACUACGAGAACAAGAACUUGAGCGUGAAUCUGAAUUUUGGAAGAAAAAUAAGCCUCAGGAAAAUGGACAAGAUGACACUUCAAAAAUGGACAAACCUAAAGCAGAUGAAGAAGGUGAUGAAAAUCAAGAUGACAAAGAUUAUCACAGAAGUGACCCACAGAUUGCUAUUUGUCUAGAUUGCCUACGAAAUAAUGGACAAUCAGGAGACAAUGUAGUAAAGGGUUUAAUGAAGAAAUUCAUCCGAUGUUCUACACGAGUAACUGUGGGAACUAUUAAAAAAUUUCUAAGUUUGAAGUUAAAACUUCCAAGUUCUUAUGAGUUGGAUGUGCUGUGCAAUGGUGAAAUUAUGGGGAAGGAUCAUACUAUGGAAUUCAUCUACAUGACAAGAUGGCGAUUAAGAGGAGAAAAUUUUCGGUGUCUGAACUGCUCAGCUUCGCAAGUCUGCUCUCAGGAUGGCCCUUUGUAUCAGUCAUACCCCAUGGUAUUGCAGUAUCGACCAAGAAUUGAUUUCGGUUAGACCCCGGGGCCUAGAGCCCACUGAGAUGAAUCCUGCACUAUUUGUUUACUCAACAGAUUGCACAGGGAACCUGUAUGUGGACUAGUGGGACACAACCAGAUUUUCAGCAUGCAAAUAAGGCCAUUGUCUGUCUCUUAAUUUGUCAGUUUCAUUUAUGUUGUUUCUAUUAAGAGCAAACCAAGUGCCAUUCUGCUACUGAACCAUCUACAUAAGGUAUUUGUAUUGUCUCAGAAUAUACAAGUCAUAGUUAAAACCAGUCAGCUGUGUGGCCAUGAUUCGGCCAUCUGAAUAUUUUGCUUGCCUGUUCUAAGGUUGUUCUAAUGUUUGAUUACACUAGUAAUAUGGCUCAAUCUUUGUGGUGUUGCAUUUUUCACAUGCUAUUUUAUUCUUUUUUUAAAUAGAGUACUGUACAUGAAGCUAAUUAUUAUAUCUGAAAUUAUUUUAUAUGGAAAAUUUAUUUAGAAAAGUGGUUUUGGAGCCACUAUCCUAUUCUCAGUAAGUGUGUCUGUGUAUGUGUGUGUGCGUGUGUGUGUGUGAGAGAGAGAGAUUGUGUGUGUAUGUGUACAAAACAGUGUGCUUUUGUGUGUUCAAGUUCUUUUAGAAAGAAUUCCACUUUUUAUUUAACAUUAGAACACAUAAUUGUAGACAUUUCCAUUCAUCUCUCUGUGUAGUCUACCAGAUCCACAAGGAAGGCAUGUUAGCUCUCUGGAUUGAAAAUGUGUUACUUCUUGGAGAACUGAAGUAAGAUUCACAACCAUUCAAAUUGUGGGCAGCUGAUUACGUUCAUAUGUAACAAAAUUAGUGUGUAUGUAAGGUUAAUCUUUCAUAAUGCCUUAUGACAAGCAGGUGCUGCUUCAUGAAAUGUCACUGUAUAGUGUGCAUCAUUUAGUGUUUCUCUUAUUUAAUGAGCAUAUUCUUUUUUUACAUUGGCCUUAGGUAUAUGUCACUGUGGCAUGCCAGAGGGUUUUGAUGAUUUUAAAUAUUAGGAUUCUUAGGGCGUAUAGCACUAUUUUAUGGAUUUCAAAAGCUCAAAGCAAUCGUAGAUUAAAACUGUUACUUAUCACAUGUCCAAACCAUAUACAUAAAAUAAAAUUAAUGCAGACUUAGUAGAUAAAUAUGCUAACCAAAAGUAAUGGUUUUAAGAUAACCAUUUUAAAUCCUAUAGUAAACGAGGGAAGUGAGACUGUUGUUUUAAACACAAGUUCAUUAAAGUCAGAACUAAAAUAAUGUCAUUGAUUUUGCAGUUAUGUUAAGUCUUCCAUUCUUUUUGAGAAUAGGCUACAGGUCAAAGAAAGUCACUUUACCUUAAGUUAUCUGAGUUACCUGAAGAAUUUCCUUUUAAACCUUUUAAAAUUUACUUUUGUCAUCAGUCUUUAGAAAUUAAUUUUUAUUAACUUCUUCAAAUACCAUCUGAAACUUUAACUGUCUUGAAAGUUAGGAAAAUGAUUUAUUUUAGAACUCUGACAUGAGCACAAUCUGUGUUAUGCACAUAGUUUUUAUACUACAUACAUGGUAAAUGUGCUAUAUUUUCCAAUAAAAUAUAUCACAAAUUGUUGCCUUCUAAAUGUCCAGAUGUUUCUUAAGAAUAAAACACCAUAAAACUAAAAAUAAAAGGGGGGGCUCACAAAAUACAGCUAAAUCUUGAUGCACUUCACAAUAUAAAAGAUUGAAGCUUCAUAAUUAUCUUCCCCAUAUAUGUUUCAAGUCUAAAGUUUAUAAUAAAGUUUGCUCAUUCUGAUUUUUGUGGCAGUGCUUAAUGUUGUUUAGUUAGACUAUAUUUGUUCUUAGAAGGACUCGCAGAAUUUUAAAAGACAAUUAGGUUUCUAAUUCUUUAAAUGGUUGAAACAGACCAUUUACAAUCCAAAACUGAAUUUACUCUCUAGGCACACAGAAAUUAUUUUGCUGUUUUUUAAAAGUCCAAUUUUCUGAUAUCCCUAAGAAUUUGAAUUUUUUUAAUUCAUUAUAAAUUUGUCACACCUAUUGAUUUUCAUGUGUAUUUUAAUUUUCUCAUUUAAAAUGAAUUGAGAGUGUUUUUUAUAUAUACCACAAAUGAAACCUAAAUGUUUUGGGGUCCCCAGCCAAAACUUAAGAGCCUUAAAGGAGUUUUAUAUACAGCAUUUUGUUAAAUUUGAUCAAUUGCAUUCGUAGAUGUAAUUUCACUAUUUUCACAGAAAUGGCAUAAGAAGCAAUUAGGGAAUUGAGAAUAGUUAUAGAUAAAUUUUCUUCAGUGUCAAUAUGUUAACAUUUUUAUUGAAAUACAAUGGAAUAUGUGCCAAAACACGAACCCUUUAAAUAUAGAAGAGUAUCAGUUGUCAUUUGGGAAAAGGUACACGUUUUUAUUAUAGUCCUGUGUAAUAACGUAUUACUGUUAGAACCACAGACUUCUUAGACUGACCUCUUUGGGUAUAUUCACCUAUGAUUUUGUAAGUAUGGGACUAUUUUUGUGUCUUAAUACAUUAAAUUUCCAGUUAAUAUUUCCCUCAGUCAGGUUUGCAAGAAACCAGGUACAGAAAAACAUUAACUGGUGACCUUUGUGACUAGCUUUAUAAAUUUAGGUUUCUAAUAAAAUGUUCUUUAUAUAAAUAACCUAUAGAAAUCAUCAUCUGAAUUUGAAAAUUCAGAAUAAAAUUCAGUUAAAAUUUUCUUUAAUCUUUUGCUUCUUCAGCAAUAAACAGAAAGAACUUCCCUUAAAAGAUCUUAUAAUGCUCUGCCUUAGCUGUCAUAGAUACAAAAGGGUCGAGGAACUUUGGGUGUAAAUAGGUCUAUGGUUAUAGGCACUUAAGUUGAAGUAAUAUAUAAUCAUCAUAAGUGAACAGAGAUUUCAUAAUGUGAUCUUUUCCUUAGAUUAACAAAAUACUUUCAAAAACUAAACAGAAAGGCCCAUUAAUGAGUAAUACAGGGUCAUCAAUCUGGGUGCAUUUACUUUAUGUCAUGUCUAUUCACUACUUAUGGAAUAGUGUGUUAUUUUUUUUUAAAUCAUUGAAAAUCUAUCACAUACUACUGGGCCACAUUUUAUAAAUGUAAUGCAUUUGCUCAGCUAUAUUAUACACUCAAAUGUAAUCUAAAUUUAACUGGAUCUUUAAGAACAAGUGAAUCACAUGAUAUUCUGAACUGCUUAGCUUUAUUGAAAAAUUUGAGAAAGUGCCUCAUUAAGAUAGUGCAUUUCCAGUUUGGAUGCUGCAUAAAUUUUAAGUUAUCUGCACCAAUCUCUUAGGAAUGGUUGUACAUCUAAAUAGGUGUUUAAGAUUUUUCAUAAGAAAACUUCUUAAGAUUUUCAUAAGAAAAUAGGUAUCACCAAAGAUAUUUAACUGUUAAUAACAUCUUGGAGAGACAGUUUUAACAGUUUGGAGGUUGGCAACAUUUUCAUUGCAAUUUGAUUUGAUACAGUUAGGCAAUAACCUAGAUUAACGGCUAAAGUGUCACCAAAGAAAGGCUUUAACUGGAUUUUUAUGGAGAGAUCAAUCCACUUUAGAUUUUUCUUAAUGACCAAAAUAUACUUCCUCUUAAAUAUGUUCAUUAGUUUUUUUACUAACAUCUGACCAAUUGUAGGAUUUUCUCAAAAGAAACCAUGAAAAGUCUCUGGGUAAAGGUGUAGAGUAAAUACAAACCUGGAAAAGAAAACAAUGGGAAUUUUAAAUUCUUAACUGAGAAUACUUCUUCCAUAGAGAAAGAUUAAACUAAAAUUAUGCCUAUUUAGUUCCUUGGUUCUUAGUGGUUUGUGAAAUUCAUUUAAGACAGAUUUAGUAAAAGUGCAAUGUGCUUACUUUGUAUAGAAAAUCAUACAUUCUGUUGGAGUUACAUAAAAAGCGCUUUCUUUUUUUCUUGUAUUUCAAAGCAAAAUUUACAUAGAGCCUGUGUUGUUUUUUUUAAAGUACCUGUCUUAUUUCUCAACUGUUACUUUGUUAUUAAAAUUUAGUCAGACAGCCAGAUUUAGCAGAUGUUCUUAGAACACCUAUCAAGAGAGUUUUAAACCUUCUCCUAACCUAUUUCUUCUUGGGAGCACAUGCUAUGGACCACCCGACAGGCAGAGCUCACUGUGAACUUUUGGGGAGAGGCCCCCAAGUAAACUUUCUUGAUUAGGAUGAAAAUUGAUGCACCAUUACACAUUCUGGUUUAUCAUAAGAAAUUUACCAACACGACUGCUUUAUGCCAGUAAGAUGUUGGCUACUUGUAAACAUUGUAAAAAUGAUUUUGCCAUGACUUUAAUUUUCUGGGUUAGGAAUACAGAAAUAUAAAAUAUUACCAGGAUGAAUAUCUCUACUAUAAGAAGCAUAGCAUAUCUGUUAAACAUAAAAUAUUACUAUGCUAGAAACUUAGAAAUUCUUUCAAAGCACAAAUUAACCAGCUGUUUCUGGAUUUACUUGAUAAACUUAAUUCAGAGGAUUUUUGAUGAAAAAACAACAGACCGAAAGCUCAUUAAAAUGUACUUUAAUAUGCAUUUCAGGGUUUAUAUGCAUAAAAAUUAAAUAUGCAUAAUUCUCUUACUGAAAGCAGUGUCAUUUUUCAGUCACUUAAAAGUGAUUCUCUUUCUAGUCUAAUGUAGUUUACACAAAUAGUGUGUUUACUUGAUAUCCUUGCUGUAUUUCUAAAUAGAAUGAAAAGAUUGAGCACUUUCUUUUUAGGAAACUAAGGAAUUAAACUUCAAAUUAAUUUAUUUUAAAUGCUCACUAAAAUUGUCUGUAUACUCUCGACACCCUUUUCUAGUAUUGAGAGGAGACAGUUUUCAGAAAUUAAUUGUUUUUAAAUCUAGAAUCAGCUGUGAGAGAGAAAAAUGCAAGGCCUAGCUUUCAGAGCUUCAUGAAAGAUGAAUCAUCUAGUGCAAAUAAAGAUUAAAUAUUCUGGACAGUGUAGAGAUAGUAAACACAUUAUCCAUACUUCACAUCAGUUCACUGGAACCUGGAUCCUAAAUAAUAAAAUACAAUGAGAUCAGCCUGAUAUUGUUUGGGAUAGGUUUUCUUUCUUGUGUGUUUUAGGAUGGGAUGGGGGCCUAAGUGUCCUUAUGAAGCUGUGGUCCAUAACGAGAGUUUGGGGUGGGGGGGGGUGGACACCAGUGUUCUGCUUCAUUCCUGCAUCUGGCAACCCAGUGGCAAACAUCAGCUUUUAAUAGAUUAUCCCUCACAUUAAAUAAAACCAUAAUCAAAUAUAUUGUACAGUUAUGUUGCUCAUUUUCCUUUGAAAUAUAAAAUGUUUUCAGCUUUUUUUGUCAAAGUGGUAACAUCUUACUACAAAUAAAAACCUUUUUGUGGUUGUAAGAUUUAGCUUAUAAAUCAUUCAAAUUGAAGUGAAAGAAUUACCAGGUCAUUGUUAAUGACUUAGUCUAUUAAGAGUAUAUGUAUUUUUGUAAAGGAAAAGCACUUGUAGAUAUUUAAUCAGUACAAGAUAUAUGUCUGUUUUGCAGAAAUAAGAUGCUGCUUAGAGAUUCUCUUUAAAUAUUUUUUAUUUUUGUGCUCAAAUGUAUUUUCUGUCAAUCUAUGGAAUGUUCUGUACAAAGCUGUAUGGUCGUACUGUUGGGCUAGAUACUUUUGUUUUUUUAAAAUCUGGACUUAGCCAAGAAUAUUUGACCAUGUUAAAAAUAGUAUCUUUGUUAUUAAAUUUUUGAUUGCAAAAUU